GGCGCAGAGGCCUUCUUGGACAAGACCGGACAAGCAGGCAUGGCACGCCUCUCCGUUCCUCACCUGUUCGUGCCCCUGGUGUUUCUGACAGGUCUCUGCUCCCCCUUUAAUCUGGAUGAGCAUCACCCACGCCUAUUCACAGGGCCACCGGAGGCCGAAUUUGGAUACAGCGUCUUACAGCAUGUUGUGGGUGGACAGCGAUGGAUGCUGGUGGGCGCCCCUUGGGAUGGGCCUUCAGGUGACCGGCGGGGGGAUGUUUAUCGCUGCUCUAUAGGGGGAUCCCACAAUGCCCCAUGUGCCAAGGGCCACCUGGGUGACUAUCAACUGGGAAAUUCCUCUCAGCCUGCUGUGAAUAUGCACCUGGGCAUGUCUCUGCUAGAGACAGAUGGUGAUGGGGGAUUCAUGGCCUGUGCCCCGCUCUGGUCUCGUGCCUGUGGCAGCUCUGUCUUCAGUUCUGGAAUAUGUGCCCGUGUGGAUGCUUCAUUCCGGCCCCAGGGAAGCCUGGCACCCACUGCCCAACGCUGUCCUACAUACAUGGACGUCGUCAUUGUUUUGGAUGGCUCCAAUAGUAUCUAUCCCUGGUCUGAAGUUCAGACUUUCCUUCGGAGGCUGGUAGGGAGACUGUUUAUUGAUCCGGAGCAGAUACAGGUAGGACUGGUACAGUACGGGGAGAGCCCUGUGCACGAGUGGUCCCUGGGAGAUUUCCGAACCAAGGAAGAAGUUGUGAGAGCAGCCAGGAACCUCAGUCGGCGGGAGGGACGAGAAACAAGAACUGCCCAAGCAAUAAUGGUGGCAUGCACAGAAGGGUUCAGUGAGUCCCGGGGGGGCAGACCCGAGGCUGCAAGGCUGCUGGUGGUUGUCACUGAUGGAGAAUCCCAUGAUGGAGAGGACCUUCCAGCAGCACUAAAGGCCUGUGAGGCUGGGAAAGUAACACGUUACGGGAUUGCGGUCCUUGGUCACUAUCUCCGGCGACAGAGAGACCCUAGCUCUUUUCUUCGGGAAAUCAGAGACAUCGCUAGUGAUCCAGAUGAGCGAUUCUUCUUCAACGUCACAGAUGAGGCCGCGCUGACAGACAUUGUGGACGCACUGGGAGACCGGAUUUUCGGUCUUGAAGGGUCCCGUGGAGAAAAUGAAAGCUCCUUUGGGCUAGAAAUGUCUGAGAUUGGCUUCUCCACCCACCGGCUACAGGAUGGGAUUCUCUUUGGGAUGGUGGGGGCCUAUGACUGGGGGGGCUCGGUGCUAUGGCUUGAAGAAGGUCGCCGCCUUUUCCCCCCACGAACGGCCCUGGAAGAUGAGUUUCCCCCUGCACUGCAGAACCAUGCAGCCUACCUGGGUUACUCUGUUUCCUCCAUAAGUCUGCCGGGUGGACGCCGCCUCUUUGUCUCGGGGGCACCGAGGUUUAGACAUCGAGGAAAGGUCAUAGUCUUCCAGCUAAAGAAAGAUGGGGCUCUGAGGGUCACCCAGAGCCUCCAGGGGGAUCAGAUUGGCUCAUACUUUGGCAGUGAGCUGUGCCCAUUGGAUACAGACAGCGAUGGGGUAACUGAUGUCUUACUUGUGGCGGCCCCCAUGUUCCUGGGUCCCCAGAACAAAGAGACCGGACGUGUUUACGUGUAUGUGGUAGGACAGCAAGUUUUGCUGAUGCUCCAAGGAACCCUUCAGCCAGGACGCUCCCAGGAUUCUCGAUUUGGCUUUGCCAUGGCCGCUCUUCCUGAUCUGAACCAGGAUGGUUUCGCCGAUGUGGCUGUGGGGGCACCCCUGGAGGAUGGGCACCAGGGAGCAUUAUACCUGUAUCAUGGAGCCCAGGAUGGAAUCAGGCCCCAUCCUACCCAGCGGAUCGCUGCUGGAUCCAUGCCACAGGCCCUCCGCUACUUCGGCCGAAGCGUGGACGGCCGGUUAGAUCUGGAUGGAGAUGAUCUCGUGGACGUUGCUGUGGGUGCCCAUGGGGCAGCCAUCCUGCUCAGCUCCCAGCCCAUCAUACACCUGCUUCCAAGCCUGGAUGUGAUGCCACCGCACAUCAGCGUGGUUCAGAAGGACUGUAGGCGAAGAGGCCAGGAAGCAGCCUGCCUGACAGCAGCCCUGUGCUUCCAAGUGACCUCUCACACUCCCGGGCGUUGGGACCGCAGGUUCUACAUACGAUUCUCAGCAUCCCUGGAUGAGUGGACAGCUGGGGCGCGUGCAGCAUUUGAUGGCUCUGGCCAGCGGCUGUCCCCGAGACGGCUCCAGCUCAGUGUAGGGAAUGUCACCUGUGAACAGCUGCACUUCCACGUGCUGGACACGUCGGAUUACCUCCGGCCAGUGGCCUUGACUGUGACUUUUGCCUUGGACAACACCACCAAGUCAGGGCCUGUGCUGGAAGAGAGAUCGUCCACCUCUGUCCAAAAACUGGUCCCCUUCUCAAAAGACUGUGGCCCUGACAAUGAAUGUAUCACAGACCUGGUGCUUCAGGCUGACAUGGACAUCAGAGGCUCCAGGAAGUCUCCAUUUGUGGUUCACGGCGGCCGGCAGAAACUGCUGGUGUCAGCAACCCUGGAGAACAAGAAAGAAAACGCCUACAACACUAGCCUGAGUCUCAGGUUCUCUAGAAACCUCCACCUGGCCAGUCUCACUCCUCAGAGGGCCAAAUCAGUGAAGGUGGAAUGUUCGGUCCCUUCUCCCCACGCCCGGGUGUGCAUCGUGGGCCACCCAGUCUUCCAGGCAGGGGCCAAGGUGACCUUUCUGCUCGAGUUUGAAUUCAGCUGCACCUCGCUCCUGAGCCAGGUCUUGGUGAGGCUGACCGCCAGUAGCAGUAGCCUGGAGAAGAACGAGACCCUUCAAGAUAACACAGUUCAGACCUCUGCCUACAUCCGGUACGAGCCUCAGCUCCUCUUCUCUAGUGAGUCCACUCUGCAUCGAUACGAGGUUCACCCUUACAGGACUCUCCCAGUGGGCCCUGGCCCUGAGUUCAAAACCACUCUUAGGGUUCAGAACCUUGGCUGUCACGUGGUCAGUGGCCUCAUCAUCUCAGCCCUCCUUCCCGCGGUAGCCCAUGGGGGCGAUUACUUCCUGUCGCUAUCUCAGGUCAUCAGUAGCAAUGCAAGCUGCACGGUGCAGAACCUGACUGAGCCCCCAGGGUCCCCUGUGCACCCAGAGGAACUUCAGCACACAAACCGACUGAACGGGAGUAACAGCCGGUGUCAGGCCGUGAGGUGCCGCCUUGGACAGCUGGCGAAGGGGACUGAGAUCUCUGUUGGACUGCUGAGGCUGGUUCACAACGAGUUCUUCCGGAGGGCCAAGUUCAAGUCACUGACGGUGGUCAGCACCUUCACGUUAGGAACUGAGAACGGCAGCGUCCUGCAACUGCCAGAGGCAUCCUCCUGGAGUGAGAGCCUGCUGGAGGUGAUUCAGACCCGCACCACCCUCAUCUCCCUGUGGAUCCUCGUGGGCAGUGUCCUGGGAGGGCUGCUCCUGCUUGCUCUCCUCGUCUUCUGCCUCUGGAAGCUUGGCUUCUUUGCCCGUAAGAAAAUCCCCAAGGAAGAGCAGACGGACGAGAAGUCGGUGCAGUGACUGCAGAGGACGGAGGACUCCGAAAGUCCUCUCUGGCGGCCUCUUCUAGAGACUCAUGUCAAAACCGAGGCUUGGCUCAGAGGGAAAAGAUGCUUCUGGAAAAUGUCUCCAGACCUGCAGCCUGACUUGACUUUUGAGCCAUGGGUAUGCUGCUGGCAAGAGAUGAGGCUUUGCCUCAGACACGAAGGGCUGGCACCCAAACACAUAAUGCCCCCACCCUGUGCUUUCCUCCUGGCCCUGCCGGGUUCCACCUCCAACAUUGGGCCUUUGUUUGGGGCCCUAUCUCCCCCAUUACCGGGGGUCAAAAGAUUUUUUUCCCCCUGAUUCCUUUGAGAAUCCCCUUGUCCUCCCUCACAAUUCCAAAAAGAAGGUUCUCCUCCAUCGCCCACCCACCUACCCCGAAACACUUUCUCACCUUCCUGCCUGCUCCCCACUCCGCAGGAGAGAGCUGACGUUGACUUAAAAGAAGUAAAGUCAACAUCUGCUGCUUUCCUGUGGAGUCCAGUGAUUCAUAGAGCCGGAUGGGGAGAGUCAACAGGAAAAGAGGGAGGAGGAAAAGCCACAAGAGACAUUCUGUACAAUUCCAAGGCACAGAGAAGCGUUCAGACAGGCAACCGCCAGCCCUCUUGAAACCCGAGACUCCUCGGGACGCCCGCCUUCAGGUGCUGGGGAAACCCAGCUGGCCCUGGGCUCUCUGGCCCCAACCCUCAUCCUUCGCUGGGAGCAAAGCCAGGAGCCGGCGCUCAAUUUUCUGGACCCAGGGGGCCCCCUGGUGGUUCAAACUGGAAUAGCAGGGAAGCGCGUUGGCGGCUUUCUCACCUUACCCUUUGGGGCUUCCUUAGAGAAAGCGGCUUGAUGGUGGGAACCCCUUUUCACCACACCGGCUUUGGGAAACAGCAGCUCCCCCCCCCCACACACACACACACAGGAGAUCCGAACAAGGGACAUCUGCAUUAGAAAGCCUCAGUAGUUGGCGUGGGAUCUCCGGGGAGUAAGCCCUUACCUGUCCUGCAUCGGCUGUCUCUGUGGAGUAAUAUCUCCCAGGAAGAUGUUUCCGGGCUCCUGUCCUGUGUUACAGGUUUCUCUGUUGGAGUGAGUUUUUCAGCCCUCACUUGAUGUUUACUUAACUUAACAUCAAGUUAACUCUGAAUUCCCUCCCUCUUGUCCUAUGUUUUGGUUCAUGGGCGACUGGAAUUCUCAUAGUCACUGGUAAACGUUUUUUUUUUUUUUUUUUAUUGUAAUUAAGACUUGGAACACGGAGAAGAGAGGAGAUCUGACUGGGCAGCUGCCACAGAACCUGUCUUCCCAGGCCGUUCCCAGGCCCUGUCUGCAGUGUUUAUUUUGGUGUCUCUGGUUUUCCUGCAGAGCCUCCGUCCUGGGCACUGUCGUUUCUACCACGGUGAUCAGAUGGUCAGAACAAAUAAAUUCCAGUAUCAAAUGA